UUUAUUUUUUCACUAUACCGCUUGUAGUAUCGAAGUUAACAGCUUUCUGUUCUUAUAAUUGUUUUGGAUUUAGUGAUUUUUCCGAUUUUCCUGGCCUUUUCUGGCCACAGGAGUGAGGGAAAUAGAGUGAGAGGUAUUGCACCAUCACACUAUGGCAUCGGCUGAGCCAGUAAACAAGACAUGGGACUUGUCCUUGUACGAGAUCCACGGGAAUCAUCAUCGAGUGAUGGAGCAUCGACAGGGGGUGAACCGAAUCGCCAAGCAUCGAAUCCACCCUCAAUCAGAAGUACCCCAUCACCCGUACUCUCCACUCCACCAAUAGCUACGGUAGUAAGCUCAAGCGCUCCCGUUCAGUUCUCACAUCUGAGCGGUCAGAAGAAUCUGAGAGCAACAACGAGAUGGAUUGCCGUACUGAAGGGAAUGAGUCCAACAUUGACACGGAGGGCGAUUGCAACUCCAAUGUGGGGAUGAGUGAUGAAAUUGAGCUCGUCUUCAAGCCCCAUCCAACAGAGAUUGCUGGGGACAAUCAGCUGGUGAAGGCUCUCAAGGAGAAUUCUGUGCGAUACAUCAAAACCACUGCAAAUGCCACCGGUAAAAUUCUUAUAAAAGCAUCCAAAGAUAUUUAAAUGGACAUUAAAUAGAGUUCUUAAAGAAAGGUUUUGACACCUUGCCGAGACUUGGCAUGUUUGUGACUUUUUCCUCAUUUUCAUAACGCCGCUGACUUUUUAUUUCCAUGAAUUUCUUCAUCUUCUUGCUCUUAAUUAUAUU